UUGCUAUUGGUUUGUCAGCUUAAGAAGGCUGCUACACGUCUGUGACACCCUUACAGGCUGAUUUAUAAAUAUCAGUCUUCACAAAAAGGAAAGCAGCAAACUGUAAUCUCCACAGCAAAGGGAAAUCCUGAAAAAAGCUCCAGCACAUAGUCUAGGUGUUGCUAAAGACAAACAUGGUUGAUCCAAUCACAAUAGUCCUUUCAAUUAUUCUGUGCCUGUGUUUGAUAAGCCUUCUUUAUGGCUGGAAUAGGACUGUUUACAAAAAUUUCCCUCCUGGACCAAAACCUUUACCAUUUAUUGGAAAUUUGCAUCUCAUAGAUAAGAAGGAGCCCUUUAAAACUUUUAUGGAGCUAUCUAAAAAGUAUGGCCCUGUGUACAGCAUCCAAAUGGGGACCCAAAAGGUUGUUAUGCUGUGUGGAUAUGAGACAUUGAAGGAAGCUCUAGUGAACAAUGCUGAUGAGUUUUCCGGGAGAGGAAAAGUCCCAAUUAUUGAUGAAUUAUCUAAUGGACAUGGUGUUGUUUUUGCUAAUGGAGAAAACUGGAAAGUUAUGAGAAGAUUUUCUCUUUCAACUUUGCGAGACUAUGGAAUGGGAAAGAAAUCUCUAGAAGAUAAAAUUAAUGAAGAAAGUGAUGCUUUAACUGAAAAGUUGGAAUCGUACAAAGGACAGCCAUUCGAGAACACUAUAAUCAUGAAUGCUGCUGUUUCCAACAUAAUUGUUUCCAUAUUACUUGAUGAUCGAUUUGAUUAUGAAGAUCCAGUAUUGCUCAGGCUAAUAAGAAUAAUGAAUGAAAACAUAAGGCUUAUGGGAAGUCCAAUGAUCAUGUUGUACAACACCUACCCAUCACUGAUUCGCUGGAUACCUGGAAUUCAUAAAACUAUUAAGAAAAAUACGAAUGAGUAUUAUGAUUUUCUUAAAGAGACUUUUGCAAAGCAUAAGGAACAUCUGGAUGUUAAUGAUCAGAGGAACCUUAUUGAUGCAUUUCUUGUCAAACAGAAAGAGGAAAAGCCAAUUCCUGGACAAUAUUUUAACAAUGAAAAUCUAUUGCAUCUUGUUGGUGAUUUAUUUGGUGCUGGAAUGGAGACAACAUCCACGACUCUCCGAUGGGGGUUUGUGCUCAUGUUGAAAUACCCAGAGAUACAAAAAAAAGUCCAAAAUGAAAUUGAAAAAGUUAUUGGAUCAGCACAGCCUCAAAUGGAGCACCGUAAAAAAAUGCCAUAUACUGAUGCUGUUAUCCAUGAAAUUCAAAGAUUUGGUAACAUUGUACCAGCCAGUAUCCCACGUGAGGUUACCCAGGAUGUUACUUUAAAGGGUUAUUUUCUUCCAAAGGUCGAAGAGUAUGUGCUGGGGAAAAUCUAGCCAAGAUGGAGCUUUUCCUGUUUUUCACAAGAUUGCUGCAAAAAUUCACAUUCCAACUUCCAUCAGGUGUUUCAGAUGUUGAUAUAUCCCCUGCAGUAGGACUCACAAGGGGGCCUAAGCCAUAUCUCAUGUGUGCCGUGUCUCGCAAUUAGAGCAUAUAAAGAAGUCAUAGAGCUUUUUUUAGUUGUCUUUUUUAUUUUAGCCUUGCUUUUAUUUGCAAUAUUUUAAAUAUUUUUGUAUGUAACGUUUUUUUUUUAUGAAUUGUAUAUACCUUUGUAUAAUAUUUGUCACAUAUCUAGAUCUUAAAAUUCAAAUAAAAGAAAAAAAUAAAUAAAAAUAGAAUUAACAUACAAACUAGCUUUGUAUUUUUUUUUUUUUUAAUUGAAUUGCAAACAGUGCAUACAUUUAAACAAGACAAUUCUACAAUCCUGAGUAUUGGACCGUUUAUAAGUAUGAACCAUUAUAGAAAAUAUAUCAAAUAAACAAAUACAUAUUUUUGA